UUGGGUAAGUUUGGGCAUUUUCUGUGCAGCGUGGACAGUGGACUUUGCCGGAAAUUAACUUUUUUUUGAAGGGACGAUGAUAUCAACAUCUAUGGAGACAGAGCUGCAUUGCGCACGUUUCGACUAAUCCACGGGGUAGUAUGUCCAAUCCACGAGCACCGGUUGCCAAGGAUUUAGUCAUUCCGGAUUUAUCAAGUGCACAACUAAUUCAGCCUUCUCUUCCUUGUACCAGCAAUGGAUAUUAUAAAAUCAGCAAGCCGAACAUCCAGAAAUUAAAACUAGACAACAGCGAUAUCUGCCCUUAUGAUAACCUCCUGCACAAGGGGGGACCUUCUGUGAAUCAGGAGUAUUUCACAAAGAUAGAGGAGGUGCAACUUUGUCUAGACAAGGUAAGGGAGAUGGUUAGGCCCGGUUGUCCACCACACAUGCUGAAUGUGGCCUUGACUUCCAUGUCAAUGCUCGUUACAACCCUGUCUAAGAUGUCUUCGAAACCAUACCCACCUUCAUCUUUAUAAAUAUGGCAGUAGCAGCGUAGAUCGCGGUGUUGUAAACUAACAUCAGUAAAUUUACAUCUACAGUUGUACAUAUGUAAGUUGAAAUGAUGGUUGUUAAAGCUUUAUUCUCUCAUCUCUACUUGCAUCAGGGGUCAGGCAGGUGUUUAAGUUACUAUUCCCUUUGUUCCCAUUUAGUUGUCAGGAUAAGUUGUUUAUUUCACUUCAUUUCCAACAUAUAGUUGGUUGGAUACUCGUAUAAUUGGAAAUUAUAACUGGUGGGUAACCUUCUUUUACCUUGUA